AUGAAGGCCUCCCUCACCCUGUGUUUGGUGGCGUCCAGCCUGGCAGUCCACACUGCAGCGACUGAACCCAGCAGCGGGAACACAAUCCUGUCUGCUUUUCUGCCUCACGAUAUUCCUAGUAUUCCGUUGGGCUGCCUCACUCUACCACAUGAACUUCCUCAGCCCAGUGGUCUAUCCAUCCCCAGCGAUUUGCCUAUCCCCAUCGCACUUCCGGUGGCAACUCACUUCCCGAGUCCUAGUGGUCAUCCUGAACCUACGGGAUUCCAUCGUCAGGCUAGAAGACAACUUUUUGGCAUAACGGAGAAUGAUGUUACCACCAACACUGGCUGCCAACCAUUGACAUUUAUCUUUGCUCGUGGAACUGGCGAGUUGGGUAAUAUGGGAACGGUCGUUGGCCCGCCUGUCGCGUCGGCGCUGUCAUCAUUGACCGGAGGCAAAGUGACUAUCCAGGGAGUGAACUAUGAUGCAUCAAUAGUGGGCGAUGCUACGGCUGGUGCAGACGGUGGUCCUACAAUGGCGAAGUAUGUCACCCAAGCCCUUCAGCAGUGUCCAAAUACCAAGGUCGUCCUGGGUGGCUACUCUGAGGGUGCAAUGGUCGUGCAUAAUGCGGCAAACUCCCUGUCUGAGGGCCAGGUAGCUGCUGCAGUACUCUUCGGUGAUCCAUUCAAGAUGUUUGGCGUGGGAAAGCUCUCGGCUAGCCAAGUCAAGGAGUUCUGUGCUCUUGGUGAUCCGGUUUGCGAGAAUGGAUUCAACAUUCUGGCCCAUGUUUCCUAUGGAACUGAUGCAAACACGGCGGCGCAGUUCCUAGUCCAGGCUGCUGGGAUUUCGAGCUCUUGA